AUGGACACUGGUCUCAGCGAUUCACAUGGACGGCCCGACCCUAGACUAGCCGAGAGAAAAGGAUCUGUUCGGCGGGCAAGAGAAAUGCUAGAAGCAGGUAGACGACCCAAGGUCCGAGUUCCGCAGGCAAAAACAAUCGCACCUUCACCGGGGCCGCGUGCCCCCCAAGCAAACGGAUGGCCUCUAUCGAGUAACGGUAGCCCACAAACGCGCCUGGUCGAUCCGCAGGGGAGGCUGUCAAACAUUCUCGACUCGCAAGGAAGGCUGCUGGCACCCAGAGGCACGCCACCUCCCCAUCGCCCAAGCCGACAAGAUCUCCCAUCACCUUCUGUCUAUUCAGAAAGAAGCGUCUCGGACGCUGUACCUAGUCCGUUGCAUCUUCACCACCCUGGCCCGUCAUUCUCUCAACCUUUCCAUAAUCAACAGCACAUCCACCCUGCUCUACGAGAACCUAUCCCUGUCGCAAACGAAGAUACUUUCAGGAAAUCAGCAGCGGAAUCUGUGGGAUCUAUCCCUUCAAUACCUGAUUUUCCACCGCCUCUCCCUCCAAGCAAAAAUGGCAACCUCGCUGCUCCUCCAAUGCGCUCGAUCAAGAAUCGCCGAUCCUCUGUGUCGCCAAUACCCGAGGAAUUGCCUGAUAGCCCAACAAUAAUGAAUAAGCCGUACGCGCAGAGCAGAGUGACUCCUUCUAGCUGGAACUCUGAGCAGCGGGAAUCCGAUAUAUUGGGGGCUUAUCUUGAUAGCGAUUCAGAUGGUGCUCAGCAAACCCCACGUACGACCGAGCAUGCUGAAGCGACUCUAGUUCGACAGGCUAGUCUUGGGAAACGGGGCAAGCCUUCUUUGCGCACGAUAAGCAAGCCUAGCGCUGGCCCUCCACAGUCGGCAAGAAGUAACAACGAAACUGUUGCGGCAUCAGAGCCCAUGGCCGGUGCUAGUCUCAAGGAGAUUGCAGCUGGUCUACAAACACGAGACUCCUUUGACUCGUCCUCGUCUGAGGAGUCACAUAUUGACCCCGAAAAGCCGCCGAUUAUGCUGGGAAAGGAUAGAGGCGCCAAUCGCCCGUACAACCAUCAACGGCCCUCAAUAGAUGGAACAUUACCUCAAAGAACUCCUACCAUGAGUGAGACAAGGCCUGGAGCCCGAAGGCCGCCUCGCCUAAACAUGAACGCUGUCCGAGAGGCUGAAGCUCGCGGUAGUCUUACGAGUCUCUCGGACUUGAUCAAGCGUGCAACAAAACUUGCAACGAAUCUUGAGCAUGGGCGGACAGCAAGCCGGAACGAUCUUUUGAAUGCUGGGGGUGGCUCCAGAUUUCCGUUUCACGGUGACCCAAAUCGCAAAUCUGGCUCUAUCAAAGACAUCCUAGCCUCGUUCCCUAACCCUGCUGCCACGCCAGAGGGCCGCUCUUCUUGGCCUAUUUUCUGGAGGAGGUCCACACUCCACCAGCUGAACUCCCAGGAACGGGGUCAAGAAGCAAUCCAAGGGGAGAAAGGCAGCGUUCGACGACGCCGUUGCUGCGGAAUGCCCUUAUGGGCAUUCAUUGCCGCCUGCAUCAUCCUGCUUCUUGUUGUCGCCGCCGCCGUACUUAUACCUAUCUUCUUGGUUGUGGUCCCUCGAGAAAACAAGAGUGAUGACGGCAGUAGUACAACAUGCGCGAGGACUUCUCCUUGUUCAAACGGCGGUGUAAGCGUCUCGAGUGGUGAUGUCUGCUCCUGUGUCUGCGUCAAUGGCUAUACUGGCUCGCGCUGUACGAACGAAGGUGAUGCAAGUUGUGUCACUACUGAAAUUACUCAAGGCUCAGCAUCGAGGAAUGCGACUGUCGGAGAUGACCUUCCACGUCUAUUCCAGGACUCACAGAGUAACUUUAGCAUUCCAUUGGAUCCUGUUACUAUCAUGGCUCUAUUUAGCCAAAACAACGUCUCGUGCACGACUGAAAAUGCGCUAGUGUCUUUCACUGGCCUAUCGUCCAACAGCAACGAACGCCGCUCUGUCCCUCUGGAUCCUCAAGCAUUCGACGAUGGGGAUUCGCUUGUCUCUGCAUUCAGGCAUGUUCCCACCACUUCAAUUCUCGCUCCAAGGUCUGUUGCUACGAUCAACGGUAUUCUUGUUGAAUCCACGCCACCCCCGACCACCGAGAGUUCUGAAGAUGCGGAAGAAGCGGAACCUUCUCCCACACCUACAGCUACUGCACAACCAACCUCGACUCCAGACGCUACCAGUACUGAGGUUGUUGAUUUCUCCCGUAUUGCCGUGCUAUACAUCCUUCAGAAAACUGGCGAACUCAACGCGGCUAUGUUUUCAGCGGAGUCCAUCGAGAAACAUCUAAAACGAUUCUCCAACUCGACGGGUGGGAACUUGGUGGUUGACCUCAUCCCUUCGGGUGUGAUGGGCAAUUUUACCCUGGACUUCGACGACUUUACGAUCACUGAUUUUGACGGCGACACGGUCGGUGAGGCUUAG